ACAAAAAAAAAAAAAAGAAGAAAACUUUGAAUUUUUCAUAAAAUCCGUUUAGCUAAUUUUAACUUAAAAUAAACAUUUGCUUUAUACUAGGAGGGAGAGGAUAAAAAGGCGUAGUGAUCAUUUUUCUUUUUUUUUUUUUUGGUUGUAUCUUCUUCCAUCACAGUUCUUUCUGGGAUUUACCACGAUUAAAGGGUGGUUGAAAUAGUGUCAAACCAACCCGGCUUAAAGGGUUACAAAUGAUCAGUGGCUGCUCUUCUCUCUCAUACUUUUCUUCCACUUGCGUCACUGGGGCCUCUGUUUUCACUUGUUCUUCUACGCUGAAACUCAAUCCAAGAAGAAGCAGAUUACUUUUCCAGAACCCUAGAAUUCUGAGAAAUCAGGAACCUUUGUUGAGGUCUGGGAGAUCCCUGGUGAUGGACUCACACAAACCCAUGUUCGAUGUUGACAAGUUUGAUGAUGAGUUUGUUCAGAAACUGAAAUCAGGAAACCUUCCAGGGGUUGGAAUGAUGCACGCCCCCAUUUCAUUGCUACCAACUGCAUUCCCAGAAAUCUACUGGAACCAAGCUUGUGAUGUUACUCCUAUUUUCAGUGAAUUGAUUGAUCGUGUUAGCUUGGAUGGCAAAUUCUUACAGGAUAGUCUCUCUAGAACAAAGAAAGCUGACAUCUUUACAUCUAGACUUCUUGACAUUCACUCCAACAUGCUAGAAAGAAACAAGAAAGAGGAUAUUCGUUUGGGUUUACACCGGUUUGAUUAUAUGCUUGAUGAAGAAACAAAUUCACUUCUUCAGAUUGAGAUGAACACUAUCGCGUGUUCGUUUCCAGGCCAUAGUCGUCUUGUUAGCGAGCUACACCAGACUUUGCUUCGAUCUUAUGGGGAUCAGAUUGGGAUAGACUCUGAACGUGUACCUAAGAAUACAUCCACGGGACAAUUUGCUGAUGCAAUGGCUAAAGCUUGGUUGGAGUACAAUAACCCAAGAGCGGUGGUCAUGGUAAUUGUACAGGCAGAAGAACGCAACAUGUAUGAUCAACAUUGGCUGAGCAGUAUGUUGAAAGAAAAGCACAAUAUAGUAGCCAUCAGGAAGACCCUAGCAGAAGUCGAGAAGGAAGGGAGUGUACAAGAGGAUGGAACCCUUAUUGUUGGCGGCAAAGCAGUCGCGGUGGUUUAUUUCAGAUCUGGCUAUACUCCCAAUGAUCAUCCAUCUGAAUCAGAAUGGAAUGCUAGGAUGCUAAUAGAGGAGUCUUCAGCAGUCAAAUGCCCCACUAUAGCUUAUCAUUUAACCGGCACCAAGAAAAUCCAGCAAGAACUGGCAAAACCAGGUGUUCUCGAGAGGUUUCUGGACAACAAAGAGGACAUUGCUAAGCUGAGGAAAUGCUUUGCUGGGCUAUGGAGCUUGGAUGAUCAAGAAAUCGUCAAGCAGGCAAUCGAAAAACCUGGAUUGUUCGUUAUGAAGCCUCAGAGAGAAGGCGGAGGAAACAACAUCUAUGGAGAUGAUGUGAGGGACAAUCUUCUGAGACUGCAGAAAGAAGGAGUUGAUGGAAACUCUGCAUAUAUCCUGAUGCAGAGGAUAUUCCCAAAGGUGUCAAACACGUUCAUGGUGCGAGAAGGUGCUUACCAUAAAAGUCAAGCUAUAUCAGAACUCGGUGUGUAUGGUGCAUAUCUCAGGAACAAAGACAAGGUUAUAGUAAACGAGCAGAGUGGUUACCUAAUGCGCACGAAGAUCUCAUCAUCAGAUGAAGGCGGCGUUGCAGCUGGUUUUGGAGUCUUGGACAGCAUCUAUUUGAAUUGAGAUGGAUCACAUUCACAAUCAUCCUGAUAAAUUCUUCUGCUGGUUUAUUUCUUCUUAUUCUUGCUUGUUGAAGUCUUGUGUAUUAAUCCAUGAAGAAUCAAUAGGACCACAAAGCAUACAUAAAAUUGCUUAUUGUUAUUUUAAGUUAUUUUGGACCGUGUGAGACGAUCACUCGUUUGAGAUCAUGAAUGGAAUAAGAUACGAUCAAUCAUGAAUGGAA